GACGCCACAGCCAGUCAGAGAUACCUGGUCGGCCUGCUCCGUUCCCUCUGGCGCUCCCCAGGAGAACAGUAUGUUUGCAGAUUGGCGACGGCUGCUGCUGUUGCGAGAUGAACUGAGCAUCUGUGCCUUUAAAGACUUCUAAGUGCGCCUCUAUCAGAGCCCACGGUCAACUUCCCACAACUCCGACGCGCUAGGCGAGCAGACAAGAGCUACCUUACUCAUAUAAAGGCAUUGGCUCACCUUCACAGGUAGACCCAUGGAAUGAUAACUAUGGAAUACCACUGGAUACUUCUCUCUGUGUUUUUACAGCUAACAUUCCAUCCAGGUGACACAAAGCCCACUAUCACACCUGCCAGACCCCACAUCGUCGUCCAGCUCAACGAACCCUUCGAACUACAUUGCCAGGGUGAAAACAGGAUACAGUGGAAGCGGGAGAGGUCAAAGCCGCUGGCAGCAAACGAGAUCGAUGGGAUGUUGACAUAUUCAAUUAAGAAGGCUCUGCCUAGUCAAAUGGGCCGCUAUAUCUGCCAGGAGGAGGGUUCCAAGGAAGAAGCCUCCAUCUACGUCUAUGUGAAAGAUCCUGGAAAUCCCUUCAGAAAACUAAAGGUGUCUAGAUAUGUUACUCAUGAGGGAGAAAAUGCUUCCUUCCCUUGCCUGGCAACUGAUCCAGAUCUGGAGAAUAUGCACCUGGAAACAUGCUCCAGUAAAAGUUUGCCCCCUGGUCUCCAGUUCUCCGCCAGCCUGGAGCAUGGCAUUUACAUGCACAACACACAAAAGGCCUACGAAGGUUGCUAUGUGUGUGCAGGAAGACUCCAUGGAAAGGACGUCAGAUCAGGCCAAUUCCACCUGAGUGUUGUACCAGUACCGACUGCGCCUCCUGUAGUUGAGCUCCAACCAUCCACAAGAGUGAUUCUGACCCGAGGUGAGAGAUUCUCCCUCACCUGCAACACCAGUAAUGCCAAUAGAGAAAUCAGCAUCACGUGGGUCACCCCACCUGGCUCGGGUGCCGUCUGGUAUCCACAGCAACCAGCAAAGGUUGGCAGUUCUACAGAAUCCCUGACGGAAAAAUUUGCCAAUAGCCACAGAACGACACUGCAAAUCGAUGCAGUACGGCCACAGGAUGCUGGGAGUUACGUAUGUGAAGUUAGGAAUGGAAAAGGGGUCAGCAGCAAGUCGGUGUGGCUCGAUGUAUAUGAAAGAGGAUUCAUCGACUUAAUGCCCGCAAACAGCAGCAUCUUUCAAGUCCGCUCCGGCGAGAGUCUGUCCCUGAAAGUUCGAAUAGUGGCUUAUCCAAAGCCACACAUCUCCUGGAGCUUUAAAGGCCAUGAGCUGAGAAACACAACUGACCAUGUGAUCACCACACACAGUGAUGAAUACAGUUACAUCAGUGAGCUGAGGCUAGUGCGGCUGAAAAUGUUAGAGGGUGGAGUUUACACCUUUCAAGCCUCCAAUGGUGAUGCUUCAGCAAAUCAGACAUUCACCGUCUUUGUGAUCAGUAAACCAGAAAUUGUAUCGAUUGACAGCCCAGUGAAUGGACAGGUGCGCUGUGUGGCUGAGGGGUUCCCUGCUCCCCAGAUCACCUGGUACUACUGUGAGCAGUCAUAUGCCAGGUGCUCCCAGCAGGUAAAUUCCACCCAGGAGGAGCUCAAUGUCAUCACCAUCACACUGGUCAGUCCCAUGUUCGGGAAGACAGAGGUGGAGAGUCGGGUGAACAUCAGCAGAGCACGGUUCAAUACUCUUGAAUGUGUGGCUACAGUGGAGGGAGAGCAAGCCUACAUACUUUACUCUAUUAGUGAGAAAAGAGUUCCACAUGACCUGUUCACCCCUCUGCUAAUUGGCGCCAUUUCAGCAGCAGGCAUCCUCUGCCUCAUCCUUAUCAUGCUGUUCUACAAGUACAUGCAGAAACCCAAAUAUCAGAUUCAGUGGAAAGUUAUCGGAAACGACUAUGUGGACAUUGACCCCACCCAGCUACCGUACGAUGACCAGUGGGAGUUUCCGCGAAACAACUUGCGCUUUGGGAAGACUCUGGGAUCUGGUGCAUUUGGAAAAGUGGUGGAAGCCACUGCAUAUGGACUCUCCAAAGCAGAUUCAGUCAUGACUGUGGCUGUGAAAAUGCUCAAAUCUAGCGCUCAUGCCACAGAGAAAGAAGCACUAAUGUCAGAGCUGAAAGUCCUCAGUUACUUGGGAAACCACAUUAAUAUUGUCAACCUGCUGGGAGCCUGCACAGUUGGAGGUCCUACCCUGGUGAUCACAGAGUACUGCUGUUUUGGAGAUCUGCUCAACUUUCUACGCAGAAAGAGAGACUUGUGCAUCUGCUUUAAGCUUGAGGAUGAUUACUACAACCGCAACGUCAUGCAGCAGAGAGUCACAGAUGGUGACAGCUUGAACAGCUACAUGACCAUGAAGCCUUCUGUUGCUGGCAACGCACCGGUCAGCUCAUCCUCUGAGAAGAGAAACUCGCUACGCAAAGGUGGUCCUUACGUUGAAGCAGACACGGAGAAUGAGAUGUUUGCUGAUGACGGUCUGUCUCUGGACACCGAAGAUCUCCUCAGUUUCUCAUACCAAGUUGCCAAAGGCAUGGAGUUCUUAGCCUCGAAAAAUUGUAUUCACAGAGACCUGGCUGCCAGAAAUAUCCUACUUACUGAAGGAAGAGUGGCCAAAAUCUGUGAUUUUGGCCUUGCCCGAGACAUCACCACAGAUUCUAAUUAUGUCGUCAAAGGCAAUGCUCGUCUGCCAGUGAAAUGGAUGUCUCCAGAAAGUAUCUUUGAGUGCGUUUACACAUUCGAGAGUGAUGUGUGGUCAUAUGGCAUCUUGCUUUGGGAAAUCUUCUCACUGGGAAACAGUCCGUACCCUGGUAUGCCGGUGGACGCCAAGUUCUACAAACUAAUAAAAGAAGGAUACAGAAUGGAUGCCCCAGAGUUUGCGCCCAGUGAAAUGUAUGAGAUUAUGAGGUGCUGCUGGGAUGCUGACCCCUUCAACAGACCCCCGUUCAGGAAGGUCGUGGAAACGAUUGAACAGCAGCUGUCAGAUGCCACUAAGCGAAUUUAUCUGAACUUCAGCUCCAUGCUUCCUAUGAUGCCUAGAGCAAGGGAGGAGCAGAGUUCUCAGAGCCCAGCGUUUCACCAUCCCAACUCAGCCGGCAGUAACAGUACUCCAACUCAGCCCUUACUAGUCCAACACGAGGUCUUCCUGGAGGGAACAAUCCUCUCAGCUGAGUGGGUGUAAGAACCCACCCGACCUGUCCGGCUGCCUCAUAAAGUGCCUGUUAUGAUCCGCCACAAAACACCCAACCACUACACCUGCUCCCCAACCUGGUACCAGCAGCAUUUUUUUGGCAUGUGUUGCAGAAGGAAGGCUUUUAUCUUUGCCACUGUUGUUGACGACUACAGGGAGAACAGUUGGACUAAUGCUCCCCUGCUUCCAGGAAGGAACUGUUAAGGCACCAGGGAGAAUUGAGGGACAUCAAGCGUUACUCUAAAACUGUCAUUAAGUAAAACCAUAUUACACUGUAAUCAGUUUUGUUUUGUUUUUCCAGUUAAUUUUUUUCCUUACACAUUUCAUACAGGUUGUUUUGGUGUUUUUAUUUUUUUACCUCUUUUUGUUUCUUGCAUUUAUCCGGGGUGUGGGGGGAGUGUCUCUUUCUCUCUCCCAAUACAUUAUAUAUAUAUAUAUAUAUAUAUAUAUAUAUCUAUAUAUACAUAUAUUAAUGCUGUCAAUGUUACUCUUGUUAAAAUGACGUUAACGGCAUAACCGCAUUAACGCUGCAAAUCUCUAUUAGCGAGUUAGCGCAGAUCGCCCCGGAUGUGGGGCUGCACGGUGUCAACGCGUUAGCACGGUUAGCUCGUCAACGCGUUAGCGUGGUUAGCUCAUUAAUGCAUUAGCACGGUUAGCUUGUUAACAGUGUUGCCAACUUAGCGACUUUGUCGCUAUAUUUAGCGAGUUUUCAGACCCCCUAGCGACUUUUUUUCGAAAAAAAGUCGCUAAAAAAAGACGUGAAAGCGCGUAUCGCUUUUACUCUCAA